UAUACUAAUGCAAUAGCCAGCUCCAGACGUGCGCUCUCCAUUAUUGUUCAGUGUUGUGCGUUUAUGCAAACAAAUGUGAACCACAACGCAAUAACCUAUGUUAAAUACUGCCAUUUGAUCUAUCACAUCUUCAGAUGAUGUUGUAAGGGAUAUCACUGAUUACCUGAAAAGUACUAUUAAAGAAAAGCUUGAAAGGAUUCACAUCGACCAUGCCUGAUUCUCUAACCGGAAUCAAUGUCCAUAUUUGUCCGCCAGUAGAACUGGAUAUUUAACAAGGUUGACAGAGGUGGUAGCCUGCAACAAAUUGGUCCUUCGAGCCGGAUACUGGCAACAGCAAACAAUAUGGACACUGCAGCUAGUGAUACAGCGGAGCCUGUGGUCAGACCCGAGAGACAAAGUAAACCACCUUCACAUCUGAGUGACUAUGAGGUUGACUACAUACCCGCAGUGGACCCUCCUCCAAUCUCUUCUUCUCGCUGUCACAGCCAACAUAAGAGCCAAUCGAGGAAAACGUCCCACAGUAAAGCCAGCUCUCAUUCCAGAUCCAGUGGUCAUUCCAUUAUCUCUGGUGUGCAAGCUACUUCUGCACUCACAAGCAGUCAGGCAGCCAUGGUGGAUGAGAGAAUCAAGCAGAGGCAGUAUGAUAACCUACUUCAGCAGAUAGAGGAGGACACGUUGGCAGAAAUAGAAUAUCAGAGACUGCAAACACAAGCUAAAGAGGCUCAACGUGUUCAGGAAGAGGCUCUCAUGGCAAAGGAAGCACUAACUAACCAAUUAGAACGACGACGUAAGCUAAAAAAGGCAGAGACUGACCUAGAAGUGGCCAAACUGGUGAAUUCUUUGCUCAGCCAAGACUUGAGUGUGGACAAUGCAGGUUCUGAAGGAUCCCCAGACACAACCGUGCCACCACCACAGUCACUUCAUGCCAGCCCAGUCCAUUCUUCUGUAUCUCAGCAAUCUCCCAGCCCUGUAUUGUCCAUGAUGCAAGCCACGCAGACUGUCUCAGAGGCACAGAGCACAUCAAGGGGACCAUGCAUAGUUCAGUCACUCAAAACUCCUCCAUUGCCAUUACAAGUUCCAGCUUACACCGCACAGUUGUCCGCAUGGAGUAUGAGCCCAAGCCAGCAGCAGCAGCAGCAGCAGAAUCCGAUUCAGAGGACGAGGGAUCAGGGGAGGAUGAAGAAGUGUCAUUUACCGAUGUACAAGAAGUGCUCUCCACGGAACAAGAAGACCCAGGACACUUUACUCUCCCCCCUCACUUAA